AUGGCAAAGAAAGCUUCAAAAUCCAAGAAAUCUCGCUCUUCUUCUUCUAUAGCUUCCUCGACCUCUUCUGAAAGAGUCUCUAAAGAGGGAAAAAUGGUGUUGAGGAUAAGGUCCAAUGAGAUCUCGAAGAGGUCUUCACGGCAGCAGAGUGUGGUUAGUAGUGAGAAAGAGAGGAGACCAAAGUCAACAACGAAGCCGAAGAACGUGAAGCGGAAGACGAAGAAAAAUGAGAAAUUUGAUGCUAGAAAGCCCAAGAAACCUCCAACUGCUUUCUUUUACUUCUUAGAGGAUUUCCGUAAGGAAUUCCAAGAGCAGAAUCCAGAUGUUAAGUCAAUGCGUGAGGUUGGCAAGGCAUGUGGAGAGAAGUGGAAAACAAUGACCUAUGAGGAAAAGGUUAAAUAUUAUGACAUAGCUACAGGGAAGAGAGCAGAGUUUGAUAGAGCCAUGGCGGAAUAUGUUAAGAGAAAGGAAAGUGGUGAAGAUGAGGACUCUGAGGAUGCAUCUGAGUUUGAUGAGUAG